AGUGUUCUUUGUGCCGUAAUAAUAGGGCUAUUCCACGUUUGCGUUUACAUUGUUCCUAAAUAUUUGGGGCGCAUUGAGAAGGACCGAAGAACACCACCAGGCCACCAGCCUCUGGCAACAACGUGCGAUUGUGGACCGCUGGUGAUUGUAGAAAAUUGUCGCAGGCAACGGUAGGCUUCUUUGAUAGCAGAAGUUGGGAAAGUGAUGGAAGAAACCAUGGCGAUAGACAAAUCGUCCACGGAUAAUGCAUCUGGGCAGCAAACCAAUGGCAAAACUGAAGGAGACGAGAACGCCAAAACUGGGGUCAAACGCCGUCAGUCUGGCCAGGGAGGAAAUCGCAAAAAGAGGUCUAAGUCUGCUCAACCAAAGAUGGUGCUGCCAAAAAAUGCACUCAUGCAGCUGAACGAACUGAAACCAGGCCUCAAGUACUCUGUCGAGUCCCAGGAAGGCCCACCACACCAGCCCAGCUUCAUGGUCUCUGUUGAAGUUGACGGACAGAAGUUUGUUGGCCGGGGCCAGUCCAAGCAGCUGGCAAAGCACGCAGCAGCACAAGCAGCCCUACAGUCUUUCGUGCAGUUUCGUAACGUUCCCGAAGCGUACUGGGCCAUGAGUCGUAAUGUAAAGUCUGUUGGAGACUUCACCAGUGAUGACAUGGGUGCAGAUGACAGCCUCAGCACCUUCAACAAAUUUGCUUCUGGAGCUGUGACCGAGUUUCAUAAGGACCAGUUGAAACAGUUCUCAGCUGAGGAUGAGAACAGCAACGCCAAAAAGGCAGCGGCACGUGCAGCGGAAGAGGCAGAUAAGAAGAACCCAGUGAUGCUGCUUAACGAGUUACAACCCGGCUUAGAGUACACAUUGGUGUCGGAAAAUGCUACCAUUCCGACCCAGCGUUUCACGAUGUCUGUGACUGUUGCCAGUGGGGAGACAUACGAAGGAUGCGGUUCCAACAAACGCCUAGCCAAGGCGGCCGCAGCCAGAGCUGCUCUCCUCAAGCUCUACAACAUCAUGGCAGGUCCUGGUUCUGUGGCACAGUUCGGCGACCCAGCUGUCAAUUCCCUGCCGCAAGAACUCUCUGAUCGUCUCAGCGGGAAGGUGAACGAGUGGUUGCUGAAAGUGAUGGCCGACAGUGCCGAUAGUGCUAAGUGGAAAGUGCUGGCAGGUAUUGCCAUGACAACGGAGGGUACGGAAGAAGUACGAGUCGUGGCUGUGGCUACGGGUACAAAAUGCAUCAAUGGAGAGUACAUCAGUAUGAAUGGGUUUGUGCUGCAUGAUUGCCACGCCGAAGUGGUCUCGCGGAGGUGCUUCAAGGAUUUCCUCUUUUCUCAAUUGGAACUGUGGCAGCAAGGCCGUGGUUCAGAGACUGUUCUGGAGCCACGUGAGGAUCAGUGUGGAUUCAGGGUCAAGCCUGGUAUCAAAUUUCACUUGUACAUCAGCACAUCUCCUUGUGGGGACGGCCGAAUUUUCUCUCCCCACGAGUUGCAGAGCAGCCCCGAACCUCUCCCAGCGGAUCGCCACCCUAACCGCCGCGUACGAGGUCUCUUGCGUACCAAGAUUGAGGCCGGUGAAGGCACCAUCCCACUUAAGUCGACCCCAGUACUUCAGACGUGGGACGGUGUUCUGCACGGGCAGCAGCGUCUGCUGACCAUGUCUUGUUCGGACAAGAUGGCACGCUGGAACGUGUUGGGCCUGCAAGGAGCUCUGUUGUCUCAGUUUGUGGAGCCCAUUUACCUGGAAAGUGUCAUUCUGGGGUCACUGUAUCAUCCAGGUCACAUGCAGCGUGCCAUGUGGGGACGGUUGGAGAGUCGUCUGACUCUGCCCGAAGGCUGUGAUCCCUUCUUUCGGCUCCACAAGCCCAAGCUGGGUGCCAAGAGUAGCCCAGAGUCUCGGCAGGUGAACAAAUCACCAAACUUCAGCAUCAACUGGACGGAGGGCUGCGAUGGGCCUGAGGUGGUAAAUGCCACGACGGGGAAGCUGGAAGAUGGCCUUGUUUCAAGACUUUCCAAGCGAACCCUUUUUGAGAGGUUUCUCAAGCUCUAUGGUAAUGUGCCGUCUAUUCUCGCCCAGGAUCCUACAAAGCCUCCAAGGCUGUACUCAGAUGCAAAACAUGCGGCUGAGCUCUACCAGAAAGCAAAGAAGAGUGUGGCAGAGGCCUUCAGCACUGCUGGACUCGGAGUGUGGGUCUCAAAGCCCAUCGAAGCAGAUGAAUUCGAGCUUGUGCUCUGAAGUGUGACGGGCUAAUUUUUGCCAUUGUAUGUGUAUUUCCAUUGAGAUCAUUCACACAACGUGCGUGGGUUCUCUAUGAUGAGAACUACAUUCUUCCUGCUCAGGCUGGCCAAGCAGCUGCAUUUUUGUGUCCAAACAGAUAUGUUGAUGUACCUCGUAGAACACUUUUUUUUUUAGGUUUUGCAAUUCACUUUGACAGGUUGGGGGUUGUUUUCAAAUGGGUUCAUAGCACAUGAGUUGCAUCUUUCAUUCAGACAUCACCAGAAAUCUGCUUUGUUAUGCACCUUUAGGUCCCUUGAUUUGCUUAGAUCAUUACAUUAUUGAAACCGAGGUGUUGUUUGACCACCUGUGGAUACAUUUGUUAGUCUCUGUGCAGCGGUGAAUCUGUACGCAAAACUUUGUCCGGGAACAAAACUGGAUGUGGCCAGACUAAUUGUCAUGCAUAUUUCAAAAUGUAGCAAUCUUGCAGCAAGGGUCACCUGCCUGUUACUGUUCCUUCAUUCUGGUUCUUAACACCGUGCAGUUAUACUCCUGUGUAUGGGUUAUGUGAAAUGCAUCACACUUCUAAAUAUUUUAGUUCACAUAGAGUAAGGUAUCAGAUCAUAUUUGUACAUAGCAUAUUGUCAUUUACCUUGUCUUUUUUUUUUUUUUUUUCAUAUGUCUCACUCAAGCAAAGAUAUGAAUCCAUACAAGUGAGUUACGAUGUGUGAGGUGCAUAUCUAGCUGUUGCCAUGAAAGGCUGUGUAAAUCAAAUUUCACAGGCCACAGGUAUUGUACAUUGAAAUGGAAAUCUGCUCCUCCUCUGUAAGUUCACCAUCCGCUUUUCAAAUAGAAACUUGCAUAAAUAGGCAUUGCGAUUAAAGUCACUUCACAUUUGCUUGGUCUCCUCAUGGUAGUUUAGAAAUUUCCACAAAUGCAAGUUUACCUGGCUGUCGCGCUUGUUUUCAGUGCGGCUCUUAUGGCGCACACGUCUCUACCAUGAAGACCUUGCCGAUCUGCAUUUUGGGCAACUCACAAGUACGCCAUAAAGUGCCGCUAUGGGCCAAAUAAAUCUGAUUCCUAACUAGUUAACGCCACCGCAGUCUAUGCAUCUUGCAUCGUAUUAACAUACGUCUGAGCUUGAAGGUGACACCACUUACUCUUUCGAGAUGUGAACUUUGCGCGUACUUCCAAAAAAAAUCUUUGUUUUGUUUGGUACGUAGUGGUACUAGAAGGCAAAUUGUGUGUCAAGCAUCAUCAGGCAUAUGGCCAUCAUUAUCAUUGUUUUUGUCCAGACUGUAAUCCUGAAGUGUGUUGUCUGCACUGAAAAAGGAAAAAAGGGGCUCCUGUUUUGACUACAAAGGUUCUGCUUUUACAUAUUUGCGUACGCAAAAAGCUGUCUGUUUGAUUGUACUUGAACGUUUUCAUUAGCUUUGCAUUGAUGAUCACAUCCCGUACAUCACUUCUCGGUACUUACAUUUUCUGACAUCAGCGCAAGGUAGAUACUUUUUCGGAACCAACGAUACUGCUGGUAUACUAAGAAUGCAUACCCCCAUACAAGUCCUUUUCAGCUCUUGGACACUUGCAAAAGCCUAUGGAUUCCUCUGUGUUCUAUGGAACUAAAAGUCAUGUAUGCAGGCACUUGCAUCAUUGCAUAAAGUACAUUAAUAUGAAACAUU